AUGACCUUCAAACAAUUUUCCAUAGUCAUAACCUUUAAACAAUUCCUGCGACCGAUGCCAAGACAAUUUACCAGUAUCAAGGAGAACAUCACGGAUAUUAUCGGGAGUAUCCGCUGCUUGCUCCCGAAGAACUCCGUGUCCCAUCCCAUCAUCACCCAAUAUAAUAGUGGUGGGAAAUGCAAGUCCACGGUGGGAAUGAACCACACUGAUGAUUCCCGAGAGCGAGGCGGAGCCUUACCUGUGGCCUCGAUUGGAGGUUGUCCCGCCGGAGGAGGGAUCUCUUCGGGGGAGGGUGAGCUAGUCAGGAACUCCAGUAAUGGUACUAAUGGUUCCAAAAACACGGUCAGAAGUUUGGGUACUAUCGGUACAAGAAGCCCUGCUAUUGAGGUUACGGAAUCUGGCAUUAUCUUCGUUACCAUCGGUAGAAAAGUGUCUACUCUUGGUGAGAUGUGUCCUGGAAAACCAUCUGGUCUUGGUGGUUUGAGACGCUCUGGCGUACCACGUGCUGUUCCUGUUAGAAUUUGUCCGAGUUUUGAUCCUUCUAGCGUCUCUCCGAGUUCGAAUUUUGUUAACACUUCUCCAAGAUGUGAUCCAAAUAAUCCUUUAAUAGUGUUGUCAACUUGCCAUGGCCCCCACAAUGUCUCCGAGAGAUCUCUGAGCUCUGAUGAUGCCACCGUUUCCGAGAGCCUUGAAUUCUUGAUUGCAUCUCCAAGCUGUGACCCCAUCAACACUUCUCCGAGUGUUGACUUUGAAAAUCUCUCUCCUAACUCCGUGCUCACUCGGAAACCUGCCGGAAGCUCGUACUGUCCAGGUUCUGGUUCUGGUAUUAUCGAAAAUGACGUAUCACCACCAGUUUUCGCAAGCCAUUUCAUCAGCAAAGGGAUGGAAUAA